UAGACGUUCGACGCCGUUAGACGCUGGAGCGGUGCGUUAGUAAACAUUCAAACGACGACACCAUCGGAUCGGAUGUGCGCGAGCGGCCCCGAGCACCAGCAAAAACCCCGUGCCGUGUAAAGUGCGUACGCUCCGGUGGGAAAUCAUUCUUCCUCGUUCCUCGUUCUAAGUUGCAUCCCUUGUGGGGAAAAUCGGUGAAAUACAAAAGAAGAAAAGCAGUACUGAUCUCCCCAGCGGUGUUGGUUGAGCCAUCCAACACGAGAGAAGCUGGUUCAUUUGGUGGUAUACAAAAAAUGUUGCGGCUCAGUUCGAUGGGAAAUCAAUGCGCUCGAUCGGAUUACAAUCAGCAGCAGUAGUGUACGUGCGGGGGAAAAUUUGAAAAGCUCCCGUCCCUGGAUGCUGUUGCACACCAUUUCCUGUUUGCCGGUGAUUUUGUCCGUUCUUCAGCAUAAAGUGCAUCGAGCGAAGCAGAGUGUUUGAAUCUGUCGGCCAAAAAAGGGGAGCAUACCCCGGGGAAGGGGGGGUUUUAAUGUGACAACCGCGGUUGAUUAAGGGCAAUUCUUUACACGUCCCAAUUUGAUCAUCGGUGGGCAUGGCUGUUGGUGGUUGUGGAGCUCGCGUAGUUUCUUCUUCUUCGCUGGUGUUUUGGUGCUAAACAGUGUGUGUGUGUGUCUGUGGGGGGAAUUAUGCUAAUUCGGGUCGCGCUUUCAGGGGCAAAAUAUUCCGCAAUCGUCGGUCGUCGCAAGUGAUAGUGAGAGCGAAGCCAGUGUGAGCGGGCCGUUGAAAGAGGUUUGUGGGGGAAAGAGGUGAGAUGGCGGUCGCAGAAGCAUAAAUUACACUAACGCCGGCCGAGAGCCCGUUUUUUUGUUGUUGUGGCUGACCGUAGAUCGGGUCCAGCACCAGCUACAGCAGAGCGUCUAUCUAAGUGAGUGAGUGUUUGUGUGUGGAAAUGUGUGGUGGAAAAUUAGUUAAAGAAAUUGAUCGACACCCCGAAGCAGGCAGUGAUCGCAGCGAUUGGUGAAUUGGUGAAGGUGCGAUGUGCUUCACUUUCGAUUGUUUGGCUUGCAGUUGCGGAAGCGAUAGCAGCGCUUUAGUGGCAGAAGUCGUCGCGACGCGUCAUUACUAGCUCGCACGCUUGGACACAUAAGGCGUCAAAAAAUAGUUCACCCGAAGGAGAUCAUUAAACGAACCGGGAUUGCUCGCCACCCAUCGUCCCGGUAGCGGCAAAAUGCCGCCAUCGUUCAACCUUUCCACGGCCACGUAUGAGUUGUUCGCGGGAAAUGUAUCAUCCACGCUGGAAAACUUUACCGUCUCGAUGGCGGACACGUUCGCGUUCGAAGCCCAACUCCACCCGCCGAGAUCGUUGCUUGCGAGAAACGCUUCGAUUACGCACGGACUGGGCCUUAUCCAACAGCCGAACGCAACCGUUGGCAACCUAACCGCGGGACACAACGAAAGCUAUACCAACCUGCUACAACAUCCGGCACUCCGCCAGCUGGUAACGAUUGCCGGUGGUAUCAUGAGCUCACCGGGCUCGGACACUAUUCUCCCGCGGGAGGAGUGUGACCGGCUCAACAUUAGCUACACGUUCGAGGGUACCGCCCUGACGAUACCGGGCCUAAGCUGUUACGAGCAUGCCCCGACCCUGUCCAAGUCGGGCGUCAUCCGGGUGAUCGUCCUGUCGGCGAUGGCGAUCGUGUCGCUGCUCGGGAACUUCGCCACCAUGUGGAACAUCCAGAAGAAUAGGAAAUCGCGCCGCGUUACCCGCCACAACUGGAGCGCCAUUUACUCGCUCAUCUUUCAUCUGUCGAUAGCGGAUGUGCUGGUGACGGGGUUCUGCCUGAUCGGUGAGGCGGCCUGGUACUAUACGGUGGACUGGGUGGCAGGGAACAUUUUCUGCAAGCUGUUCAAGGUGUGCCAGAUGUUCAGUCUGUACCUGUCGACGUACGUGCUGGUGCUGGUAGGGGUGGACCGAUGGGUUGCGGUCAAGUAUCCCAUGAAGUCGCUGAACACUGCCCGGCGAUGUCAUCGGUUUCUGUUCGUGGCGUAUCUGCUGUCAUUUCUGCUCAGUAUACCGCAGUGGAUGAUUUUCCGGGUGGCGAAAGGACCGUUCCUGGAGGACUUUUACCAGUGCGUGACACACGGGUUCUACACCGACCGAUGGCAGGAGCAGCUCUACACGACCUUUACGCUAGUGUUUAUGUUCAUCAUUCCGCUGCUGAUAUUAAUCGGCACCUAUUUAUCAACGUUCAUGACGAUCUCAAGUAGUGAAAAAAUCUUCCGCAUCGAUACGUCGGCCGUCGACCGGACGACGUACUAUCGGCGUUCCGACACGAACCGUCAGCGGUUGAUACACAAGGCGAAGAUGAAGUCCCUCCGGAUAUCCGUCGUCAUCGUGGUGGCAUUCGUCGUGUGCUGGACACCGUACUACAUCAUGAUGCUGAUAUUCAUGUUCCUGAAUCCGACCGAACGUUUCGGCGAAGACCUGCAGUCGGGCAUCUUCUUCUUCGGCAUGUCGAACAGCCUGAUCAAUCCGCUGAUUUACGGUGCGUUUCACCUGGUGCCGAUCCGACAGCGACGCAAUCAGUACAAUCAACAUGUAAGGGAAGGCUCUGUGUACUUUCAGCGGUCGUCCACCUUCAACCAUCACAAUGGCCACCAGCGGAACCUGAACCCGCACAUCAAGUUUUCCAACUCGCACUCCAACCUGCCGGAAGAAAUAUCGCUCAUGUCGCUGGAAAAGGAUCUUCGCAGCCUCGAUGAGAACGUCAACCAGAUCCAUCAGAAGGGGGGCGGUGGCGGUCCAGCCGGUGGUGGGGGCGGUCCAGCCGUUGGUGGGUCACGGAUCAAGCGGCGUAGCUUUACCAGCAAGUUUCUUUCCUUUUCCCGGCUGCUGCAGCGCAAUCAUCCUACUAAGCUUUAAGGAGAAACAUUUCCGUUUCGUCGCGCGAGCGCGUGUGUCUGUGUACAUAACUGCGACAGGUGAUAAGAUAGGAGAAGAAUGCUCUCUAGGUUACGUUUAGUCGUUUAAAGUUUAGCUGAUGUAGUUUUAAUGCGGUACGGUAAGGAACGAGUUGGUAGACGAACAAGAGAAACAGGCAGGGCCUGCUGAGAUGUGAGGGAUGUAAAGAGAGCCGCCAACUUCCUAACCCUGUUCUAUGGCCUGUGUACUUGUUACCUUAGCAACGUAUCAUCAAUGGCAGCUAUGAGGAAAGGUGUCGAUUUCUCCCAAAAAUUGGCACCUGCAGUACUAAUGUUAAGCAAAACGAUUCGCGACGCGUCUGAAAGUCUAUUGAACUGUUGCCGGUGUGCAUUGUGAAGAUCGUUAUCACCCCACUUUCAUCCAUAGUAUCUAUUGCUGCUGGUGUGUGCCCGUGCGUGUGUGUGUGUGUGUAUAUAUACAAAAAAGGAUAAAUGCAGGGAAUGUAAACAAAGAGUGUUAAUAUGAGUUUAAUGUAUAGAAGGAAAAAACAAGAUGGUGAAAAUAGUUCGUGUUUAUCUGAAUAGGCAGCAAGAUGUAAACAAACAGAAACAAGCACACACACACACUUACACAAACAUACAAAAAGGUUGUUGAACUGAAUUCCGGUGGGGAAAAGGCGUUGUUGUACAAUGUUUUCUGCGAACAAACACACUCACACACAAGCUGGUUGAAACGAAGAAUUAUACAUAUACAUAUACAUAUAUAUUUUUUAAUCAAAAUUAAACUACAAUUACGAUCCCCGUUUGUGUUGAAUUAUUUAUAAAUCGUAUUGAAAGAUGGUCUUCGAAAUUGGGUUUUAAAUUGUUUAUUGUUUAGCUCAACUUUAACCUAAGGCGCCAUUCGGGCAAUCGAGACCCCUCCAAAAUCGAUCUGCCGUCUAUCUUCUAGGCUGGUAUUUAACAUAAAAGUCUGAUCAAGAAAUCCGAUAUUUUACAAACACACACACACAC